AUGGCAGCUCCUGUAACCAACGGUCUUCCACCUCGUCCUAAGGUCCUCGUGCCGGAGAAGCUAUCUCCAGAUGGCCUUGCCCUACUAAAGUCGAGCUUAGACGUCGACGAGCGUCAGGGGUUGACAGCUGAUGAGCUCCUGGGGAUCAUCCCGGAGUACGAAGCGCUCCUCGUGCGCUCGGCUACCAAAGUGACAGCAUCAGUCCUUCAAGCCGCAUCCAAGCUCAAGGUUGUUGCCAGAGCCGGCGUAGGCGUUGACAAUAUUGAUGCUGAUGCCGCAACCAAGCAAGGCAUAGUUGUUGUCAACUCGCCCUCAGGCAAUAAUGUUGCUGCAGCAGAGCAUACCAUUGCGCUGUUGAUGUGUAUGGCCAGGAACAUACCAGAUGCAUGUUCGAGUCUGAAGAGCAAUAAAUGGGAGAGGAGUCGGCUGGUUGGUGUGGAAGUUCAGGGCAAAACUUUGGGAAUCAUUGGACUUGGGAAAGUCGGCUUGAUCGUGGCUCGCCUGGCCAAAGGGCUGGGGAUGAACGUCAACGCCGUUGACCCUUAUGCCUCGUCAGCAGUCGCUGCGUCUGCUUCCGUCACUUUGAUGCCGUCUCUCGCCGAGCUUCUCCCUACCGUCGACUUCUUAACUAUCCAUACCCCGCUAAUUGCCUCUACAAAGGGCAUGAUUUCAAGCGCCGAAUUGGCCCAGAUGAAACCCGGCUCGCGCAUUUUGAAUGUGGCUCGAGGAGGGACCAUAGACGAGCCAGCCCUUCUGAAUGCCCUUGAAACCGGACACAUCGCCGGAGCAGCGUUAGACGUGUUUGCAACAGAACCCCCUACGUCUGGCUCGGCUUCAGCACAACUGAUUGCCCAUCCUCGGGUAAUUCCAACUCCUCACCUGGGAGCCUCUACGGUUGAAGCGCAGGAGAACGUCUCAAUAGACGUGUGCGAGCAAGUGCUUCAGAUAUUGGGUGGCUCUCUACCGCGAAGUGCCGUAAAUGCACCCCUUAUACUACCGGAGGAAUACAAAAAGCUCCAGCCGUAUGUCCACCUUGUCGAGAAAAUUGGAAGCAUUUAUACUCAGCAUUAUGGGUCGGCAAAAAGCCCUCUCUCGAACCGGAAUACCUUUGAUCUUAUAUACGAAGGCGAGGUCUCAGAGAUGAACAAUACGAAACCCCUCUUUGCUGCUCUUAUCAAGGGGCUUAUGUCCCCUAUCAGCAAAGACCUGAACGUGAAUAUUGUCAAUGCUGAGCUGGUUGCUCGAGAACGAGGGAUAGUAGUCAACGAGCAGCGUUCAAGGGAUAGCCCAUCUCACUCUUACUCCUCUCUCAUAACUUUGGUCGCACGGGCGGCAAAGGUGAAUGGGGAUAGCCUAGGAUCCAGCCAUCAACAUGACUAUAUCAUUUCCGGGACUUGCUCUGAAUCUCAACCCUUGAUAUCACGCAUUGACCGGUUUGCCACAUCCUUCGUCCCUGAAGGAACGCUUUUGAUAUGCCAUAACUUUGAUUCUCCUGGCAAAAUCGGAGUUGUUGGUAGUAUAUUAGGGAAAAGGGGGGUUAAUCUUAACUUCAUGAGUGUUGCUCCGAUCUCCAAGGGAAAAAAACAGCAGAAGGAAAUCGAUUCCUCAGACGAGGCACUGAUGAUCCUGGGCGUUGAUAGGACUGUGGAUGAAUGCGUGGUAAAGGCUCUUGUGAACGAGGGUGGAGUGUUGAGCGCCAGUGUAGUUUCUCUUUGA